UCACGUGGCGCAGGCGCCGCCGCAGCGCGUCGCGAGCCCGGUGCAGUCUGUCCGCGCCGCUUACGGGCAGCAUCAGCCGCCGGGGCCGGGCGCGCGAGAGAUGCCGCCGUCCGAGUGCCGCAAGCCGGCGGGCCCGGGCUGCCGGAGCGGGGGGAAUUGAGAAUGGGCCAUCAACAAUGCUAGGUCUACAAUGGGAAGUGUCACGCUUCGCUAUUUCUGCUAUGGGUGCCUUUUCACAUCUGUGACCUGGACACUUCUGCUGUUUGUUUAUUUCAACUUCAGCGAAGAGACCCAAUCUUUCAAGAAUGUGCCCGUCAAGGGGUUGGAACCUCAAAAGCCACUUCCUAAAAAAUUCUAUCCCCGUUUCACUCGGGGUCCAGUUCGCGUACCUCAACCACAACGGAAAGACAGCAGUAUAGGGAAUUCAUUUGGAAAUCAUGCACAGGACCCAGUGAAGGAAGACAUGGAGCUCUCCCCUGAAAUGGGCAUGAUUUUUAACGAACACGAUCAGCAGGUGAGAGACUUGGGCUAUCAGAAGCAUGCCUUCAAUAUGCUUAUCAGCAACCGGUUGGGAUACCACAGAGAGGUGCCAGAUACAAGGGAUGCCAAGUGCAGAGAAAAGUCCUACCCUUCUGAUUUACCAUUUGCCAGCAUUAUCAUCUGUUUCUAUAACGAAGCAUUUUCUGCUUUGCUUCGGACAGUACAUAGUGUACUGGAUCGCACUCCAGCAUAUCUUCUUCAUGAAAUUAUCUUGGUGGAUGACAACAGUGAAUUGGGACCAAGACUUCUGGGGAUUGGGAAAGGUGGGAGCAUUCUUUGCUAUUCUCCCCACCUACAGAGCCUCAUGUGAAGCCUUUGUCCUCACUCUGUUAAAUUUGAUGUUUAACCUUUGCUGCUUUAAUUUGAUCAUGUGAGUUCUCCAUUUCCUGUAACCCUAUAGCCAUCUCUGCGUUGGGAUAGUAAAUCAAAUGAAGAAUAGUUUAGGCAAUAGUUUUUGUUCCUAUUCAUAAGUUCUUCUGUUUUUUGUGCAGCCCUGUCUCACUCCAUUUAUAUAGUAUUAUUCGGAUGACACAUGUUGAGUAUCCCUAACUCGCUAUAAGAUUUCCUUCAAAAUCAUCGCUCUUACUCCUUCCUUAGCAUAUUGUACCAUAUUUAAGACCAGGGACAGAUAGCAUCCUUGAGGCAGACAGCAUAAGGACCUUUGAUUUACUCAGCUGGUGUCUCUUCUAGAAGUUUUAAGAAGGCCUUAGUCACAAGAUACUGCUCUUUCAAUAUAUUCACUGUCUGCGAUGAUGUCAUGGUAUUUCACAGCUUUUCCUUCCCAUCCACUAUCCAUAAGAUUUAAUUGAAGUCUCAUAAUAUAUAAAGAUAAUAGCUGGAAUUCCAGUUGUUUUUGCACAAUCUCCCUUGUAAAGAAAUGCCUUGUUCAUGUGAAUGUACAGUUUUGCCCUCCAUGUACAUCCAGGGGUGCUGGAACGAGAGGUGCAGGGACAUGGUUUCCACUUUCAGCACGCCCACCAUAAAAAUGUUUCCAAUGCCCCUGCAUCCAUCUAUUAGACAGGAUGGUCAGGGUUGCAACCCCAGGCUUGGGGCGACCCUAAACCUCUAACCGCCAGAAGCCACCAACCCUCUCCUUGCUUCUAAUGAUGAGCUUGCUCCCCACAGACCGGGGGACACCAUCUCAAAGCAGCACCAGAUCCUGCCAGAACAUCAGAUGCAAAACCUGUAGAAACAUCUCUGUUGCUAUGAUGAUCAACACACCUUUCAAGAUCCAUGGGUCCUACACAUGUCUAUGACAAAUAUGUUGUACCUCACACAAGAAAAUAAGACAAAAACAGCCUAUCACCUGUAGAUGAACAUUUCACAAAGUGAUCACUCUCUCUAUCUGACCUCUCAGUCAUCAUUCUUAGAGGAAAUCUGCACAACACCUUCGAAAGAUGAUUCUGGGAACUUAAAUUCAUAACUUUGCUAGACACUAAAAAGUAUGGACUGAAUAGAGAUACUGGAUAUAUGGCUUAUUACAGCCAUCUAUAACCCACUAACAACUCCUCUUCCCCACCAGCUGCUCCCACCCCCGCCCCCCGUUCCUUUCUCCCCUAUGAUGAGAGAAUUGUUAACUGGCCACUUCAUCUUGAAUGAUCCUUAGAAAUGUGUUAACUAUUUAUGUUUAAUAAUCUGUUCCACCUUCUAUUUAGCUGUGACCAAGAGUAUGUUUUCCAGACAGAAAGAGCUCUGUGUACGCUUGUCUCUCUCUCCAAAAAGAAGUUGGUCCAAUAAAAGAUAUUGCCUCGCCCACCUUGUCUCUCUAAGGGUAUGUCUACACUGCAAUGUAAGCUCAGGGUUAGUGGGACUUGAGUCUGUUGACCCAUGUUGUGGGGGAACCCUGGGCGUGAGCAUAUACAUUGUAAUUAAACCCUAUUUUAAGGCUUUUCUUACCAUAGACCUCUGGGGCUCUGGCAACCACACUGCAGUGUGCAGACUCCAGUCAAAAUAACCAUAUCCCAGAGUCCCUAGCACCCCCUCACCCUCAGUCUAGCCGUAGGGCUGUGGUGCGCUGUGGGAAAACUUUACUGCCUGCCCUGCACAUUUCAGGAAGUUUGAACAGCCGCCAACACAGCCUGCUCAUUUUGCUCUGUGCUCUCCCAACUACCAGAGCCAACAACAUAGAGGAGGUGCCUUUUCAUAGAACUUCUCUUGCUUACGCUUUCACUCUUGUGUCAGGAAACUGGCAGAGCAACCAUAAGGUGCCAGUGGACCCUUCGGUGGUGGUUUCUGUCCCACCAAAGGUACCUGAUGGAUUUCCUGAUGGAGCAGCAGUAGGAGGAGGAGUACCCUGGCAUCGCAGACUCUCCCUGGCAAAGCUGCUAAUGCCCCCUGUGUAGAUGGCCGCUUCUGGUGCAGGCUCACAAGCACCGUCUGGUGGGACCACAUCAUCUUGCAGACCUGGGAUGACCAGCAGUGGGUCCAGACCUUUCAUGUGAAGAAAGCCACAUUUCUGGUGUUUUGUGCGCAGCUUGCCCCCACCUCUAGUGUAAAGAGAGAUACAUCGCCCUUGCCAGUUCCGAAGUGCGUUGCUAUAACCGUCUGGAAGCUGGCUACCCCAGACUGCUCCGGAUCCGUGGCCAGCCAGCUUGGGGUUGGAAAGUUGGCAGAGAGUAGAGUGGAGGCUGAGGUUUCUGAGGCAAUGAGGCGUGUGGUUUACUCUGAGGUGGCGGGCAUUAAAGCUAUUCCAGAGCUAAUUGCUGGCUUUAAGAGAAUGGGGUUUCCUAAUUGCCCCAGGCUGUUGAUGGGACUCAUGUGCCGGUAGCUUGCCCUCCUCAAGGAGUACCUAAGUACGUAAACUGCAAAGGCUACUACCCCAUUGUUAUGCAGGCACUAGUGGACUGCAGAGGCAGAUUUAUGGAGGUCAGUGUGGUCUGCACAGGAAAAGUCCAUGAUGCCAGGGUUUUUUACCACUCGGGAGUAUACAUUCAUGGAUAGGCAGGGAAACUGUUCCCACCAAAUGACAUUAACAUAAACAGUGAUACUGUCCCCACUGUUAUUGAGGAGGAUCCCACGUACCCCUUUUUGCCUUGGCUUAUGAAAACAUACCCAGAUUGCAGAGGCCCUGGCAAAGGAGGGUUUAAUUACACUCACAGCAUGUGUAGAAUGGCUGGUGAAUGUACUUUUAUCAGAUGAAAAUCCCGUUGGAGAUGUCUACAGACCCAUUUGGAUGCCGGUGUCAUCAGUGCUGUUCACAUCACUGUGGCUUGCUGUGCGCGUCACAACCAUGUGAAGUCAGAGGUGAGCCAUUGCCCCCUGAAUGGACCUAUGACAGGGAGGGUACCCUAGAUUGGUACCCUCAGCCAGAAAGUACAGCUACCCCUGCAGGAGCUGGCUGCACCCAGGCAGCAAGUCAGGGAUGCUUUGUGUUCUCAUGUUAUGAACUUACACGGCCCAAAGGAGGAAGGCAAAUAGUACCUGUACAAAUGUGCUUGUGGGGGAAAACUGGCUCAUU